ACAUAUAAAAGCAUUGUUGGGGGUAAAUCGGUCAGUUUCAGUGCGCUAUGGCUCGACGAAGCCCCACUAAAGUGGGCCUAGCCCUCGCACUUAUCUGUGUUAUAACCCACGGACAGGCCGAGGAGACUUGCCGGACAGGAUGUCGCGGAGCCCCCCAAACAUUCAAAUACAAAGAAGGCACCACAUACAAGUACAAUUUCGACAGCAAAAUCGAAGUAAGUCUUUCGAGUGCUGACGGACAAAAGAGCAUCACUGAAGUCAAGGCCACAGUAUUACUUACCCAACAGCCCCAAUGUAACCAGAUUUUGCGCCUCCAAAACGUACAAAUCAUCGGAAACGAUGGAAAAAAACACAGCAAUGUUCCAGACAUCGACAAACCCAUCAGUAUCAACUACCAUGAUGGGCAUUUGGAAGACAGUAUAUGUAUCACACCGGGUGAUAACCAAAACUCGUUGAAUUUGAAACGAGCCAUUGCUUCCAUCUUCCAAGCCAACUUGAACUCAGGCCACGAAACCGACGUUUUUGGGUUAUGUCCCACUGAAGUCACCCAUCACAAAGAAGGGAAUGUUGUAGUGGUCCAAAAGGCACGUAAUUUGAACCGUUGUGCCUACCGUGAGAACAUUAAACAAGAUUUCAUCGCGACUGCUUUCAAUCUUAAUAGCGAAAUCAAAUCAAGUCCCAUUCUCAACGGUGACUAUGAUGCCAAUCUUAAAAUCAAAAAUGGUAUCUUGGACCAAGCCACCGUCCACGAACACUACCUCUACGUCCCAUUUUCGGUUGGGACAAACGGAGCCAAAGCGUCAAUUGAAACCAACCUCAAAUAUGUCGGAACGGCCAAAGACAACUCACAGGUCAAAGGGGGCCAUCCAAGAUCUAUCAUUUUCGAGGACCCCCAUCCAGUGCAUUCCCCCCACACCAACGUCAAUAGUAUCCUUCAAGCCGUCAAACAAACCGCAAAGACUAUCGAUAUCACCGUCGGCGAACACACAGCUAAAGAGUUCACCAAUUUGGUGAAAAUCCUUCGAGUGAGUAAAAGAGAUGACCUUUUGGCCGUCUACAACCAAGUCCGAGCUGGAGUCGGCUUUCCGGAUAAAAUCGCCGGAAAGAAAAUCUUCCUUGAUGCCCUCCUCCGGGCCGGAAACGGCGAUAACAUCGAAGUGGUCAUCGAACUCCUCAAAAACAAGGAAUUGACACCAAUUGAGCAAAAUUUGGUCUAUUUGGGGCUGUCUACCGUGAGACACCCCACUGAAAACUCACUCAAUUCGGCAGCAGCCCUCUUGGACCAACCCCAUCUCCCGCGUAAUGCUUAUUUAGGAGUUGGGAAUCUCGCAGGAAGAUUUUGUCGCCAACACCGAUGCGAACAUGUGGAAGGAGUCAAAAAGUUGACACAGAAAUUGGUUCAAAAAUUGGGAAAACAGCCGACGAAUAGGCAAGAUGAGAAUGAUUUGGUUUAUGUAUUGAAGGCUUUAGGGAAUUUCCAUCAUUUGUGUGAUGAAGUUUUGGAAAAAAUCACGAGUUUAGCCCAGAAUAAGAAACACCCGAAUCGGGUCAGAGUCACGGCUUUGGAGACUUAUCUUGCUGAUCCUUGCAAGGAUAAAUUGCGGGAUAGUGCCAUCAGUAUCCUUAAGGACAUUCAACAGGAUUCUGAAGUCAGGAUUAAGGCCUACUUAGCACUUGCCCAAUGCCCCAACAGCAAAGUCGCAAGCGCCAUUAAGGCUGUUCUGGAGAAGGAACCGAGCUAUCAAGUUGGUGGAUUCAUCCAAACCCACAUCCGCAACGUGCGCGCAUCCGCCAACCCCGACAAACAACUCGCCAAACAACACUUGGGUCAAAUCUCCGUCCCCAAAAAAUACCCCUUCGACCUUCGUAAAUACUCAGCAAAUGGCGAAUUCUCUUACAGUUUUGAUACUCUCGGUAUCGCCAAUUCGAUCGAAAGCAACAUCAUCUACUCCCAAAGCUCGUUUUUGCCUCGUUCUACUAGCCUAAACUUGACUGCGGAAGUUUUCGGCCACACUUUAAACUUUUUAGACAUUCAAACACGUCAAGAGAACUUGGACCGUUUAGUUGAACAUUAUUUGGGACCUAAAGGCUUGCUUAGGGCCAAAUCUCUACAGGAAUUGUGGGACGGGACUGGCCCUCGUGUCAGAAAACUGACCCAGGAGUUGGACAGUCGAUUAAGGGAACUUCUAAGGUCGCGUCGUGACCUUUCAAAGGCCGAAAUUGAAUCAAUCGGAAAACAAGUCGAUAUCAAAACGAAUGAACUCAACAAGGAUUUGGAUCUUGAUUUGAGUGUCAAGGCUUUCGGUUCGGAAGUCCUCUUCUUGAACCUCAACGAUGAUGUCCGCAAGUACACCCCGGAAGCUGUCCUUGAUCAAAUCUUAGCCGGAUUCAAGCAAGGUCUUGAUAAAAUCAAACACUUCGAUGAAACUCUUCGAAGUAAUCUUCUUUUCCUCGAUGCUGAACUCUCCUACCCCACAUCUUCUGGUUUUCCUCUCCGACUUGGAGUCGAAGGUUCUGCCAACCUCCAACUCAAAACUGCCGGUUCUUUCGACAUGAAACAAGGCCACAAAGUCAAAUUCACCCUAAUUCCAAGUGCUAAUGUUGAAGUUUCCGGUCGUUUGACUGUCGAUACUUUAGUCCUCGAAAGCGGUCUUAAGGUCAUCUCGACUUUGCAUACAGCCACCGGUGGUGACCUUACUUACGAACUUCUGAAAAACGGCGAAGAUAUCAAAUUCUCCUUCCCCGUUGAAAAACAAAACAUUCUUUCGGCUAGUCACGAUGUUGUUUUUCAUAAUCGCGAAUGGGGGGCUCCAGAAGUCAACACUCCAUUGAAAUUCGCCCAAAAUAAAGAUUUCUCGAUCUGUUUGGACCAAUUGAGUCCUUUCAUUGGCUUGACUUUCUGUGGGGAAUUCACCGGACCGAAUCUACAAGGACAGAAAGUACCACUUUUACCAUUCCCAUUCUCGGGCGAUGCUAAACUUGCUGUCACUGUCGAAAAAGAAGACUUGUCCAUGUACCACUUACGAUACGAGUACUCUUUGGAGGGACAUGAAACUGGCCUUAAAGCCGUACUAGAAUCCUUGGGAAAAAGUGGGCAAAAAAAGGUUGCCCUAACAGCUGACGCCUUCCUCCAACCAGAAAAAUACUUCAAGCUUGCCUUAACAUCCCCUGUCACUUCAGCGGUUCUCGAAGGCCGUAUAACUCUAUCAGAAAGUGAAAGGUCACUAUCUUUACGUUUUGACCAAGACAAGAACGAAUAUUUUGGAAAAAUUGGAGUCACGGUUCAAGGUUCUCCAUCAAAAGCCAUCUACAAGCCAAUAAUCCAAUACAAAACACCUCAAGAUUCAGCCCUUCAAGUACCACCCUAUAAAGUUGAUGGCCAAGUAAUCGUCGAACACAACGGUCCAACAACCACUUUUACAUUAGACAAUGUCAAAUUGAUCAUCCCGGACCAGAAAACAAUCACAUUUAAUGGAAAAUUCGGUCAUGAACCUGAAACUGUCUUCGCCGACUUGACAGUUUCAGAUGGUAACAGUAAUGCAGCUUUCAAGGGCAAACUCCAUGUCAACGCUAAUCUUAUCAAGUACAAUGCUGAACUGAAAAACUCACUAAACCCGAGUGCAAACAUCCAUCUUAAGGGUGAACUUGCAAAAUCGCCUGAAGAACUGAAACACUUCUUCCAAGUGGCACAUGGUGGUGAUUUCAGUAACAAAAAUAGUAUCUUCACUUUGGAGAAUUCCUUCAAACAUCGCAACAAAGGCCCACAGGACUUUUUAGUCGAUACCAAAAACAAACUUUCGUAUCCUGGACUUGGUGCUAAUCUUGAAUUUGAAUUCCAACUCAAACCUAAAGCAGUGGAGUACGAUCUUGAUGUCCAGUAUGGUAGUACCAAAUUUGGUUCGGAAUUGGAAUAUGAGCAUAAUACAAAAAGUGAAGGUACCGAAUUUAAGCUCGAUUUCGGAAUUUGGGGUCUCAAUAAUCGAGUCAAUAUCAAGGGUAAAAGAACAAUCUCUGGUGAGCAAUCCCACAUUGAAAACUCCUACGAAAUUAAUGGAAAACGAACGGAAGUAAAUGGAAAAGUCAGACACCAUAUACGACCACAGGACGUUGACAUUGGGGCCGAUUUGGAAAUUAAAGUACCCCAACAUAAUACCCCUUUCAAGGUUUUAGCCGACUUCAAACUCAACCCCAACGAAAUUGAUGCUUCGAAUAAAAUCACCUCCGGUGGUACCAUCUACAUUGAUGCUUUCCUUAAGGCAAACAGAGCCGGAAAUGCCAAUGGUAGCAUCAAGGUUAAUUUGAAAGGACAGUUGGUGGUGACUGGGCAAAUUAAGGCAAACAAAGGUAGUGGAAAUGGUGACUUGGAGGUUGAAUUACCGGCACAAGGACGCAAGAGCAAAAUCGAUAGUACUUUCACAGUCCACGAACCCAAUUUCAACAUUGUUGUCAAUAUCUAUCCUGUUUUUGACAAGGACAAGUCAAAAAAAAUCACUUUCUCGACUCAAACUACUCUGAAGCCUCACCAAAUCGACUCAAAGAACUUUAUCGACUUCUUUGGAAAGAAACUAGAAGCUAAUGUGAAAGGUAAUCAACAAGGAGAUUUGAGCAAUGGGAAAAUCAACGGCGAAGCUGAGGUCACUCUUCCCAAUCAGUGUUAUUUCGCUGGAAAACUCGACCGUCAAUUGAAAACCGUCGAUCACGUUCUUAAUGGUCAAGCAAUUGCAAGUGUUGAAUAUCGUCCCAAUAAGAACCAACCCGGUAAUAAAUUCACCAUCAAGGGUCACUUGAAAGACACCAACCCCACUGAGAAAAUCUUUGAUGUUAAUUACCAAAUCUUGGCAGAAUCAGCGAGUGGUAAAAACCUAAAUGUUGAUCUUGCAGUCAAGAGAGUACCACAAGGUGACAAAUUCUUUACUCAAAUCCAUAACAAGAUCUAUGGUUCGGAACUAUCAAGUCCUAUCGAAACCAACUUCAAGGGUACUUGUACCGGAUUGGUGGGCUCAUAUGAGGGUACUUCCACGUAUGCACCUUUGGGUAAAGUCGCAAUCAAGGGUAAACAUGAUAUUAGUGGUUCAGGGAAACCAAUUUCUGGUGAUUUUGACAUUGAUGUCUCCUCCACGAGUGAACAUUUGAAAAGUUUGAAAUUGGGUAUUGGAGGUUCGGUCCACAAAACCGACUCUGUUGACGUCAAAGGUAAAAUCAACUUCUUCGGUGAAAAUGCAAAGGGAGUUUUUGCACAGUUUGACUCUGAUGGUGAAGUCAAAGUCAGUGAUAAGGAAGCUAGGGUUAGGGGAAUGGUCAAAUCGGGGAAAUUGGACCCGAUUUCAGUUUCCGGAGGUAUCAGCCGACUAGAAAACAAAGAAAUGAAAGGCGAUUUACGGAUUGAAUUCGGUAAAGGUCAGAAAAUCAAAGGUGAUUACAGUUUAAUUCGAUUACAACCACACGAAUACAAACUCGAUGUUAAAUUUGACACACCGACUGAAAAAUUCAAGAAUAAUAGAUUGCAAGUCCAUUCGAAACGCAAUGAUGCCAAUACCCACCACCAAAGUGAAGUUAUUUUGACUUCUGAUGGCAAAACUUGGACGGCUAAUACCGAUUUAGUUUUAUCUGAAAUCGCCCCAAGUGUUGAUAUUAAAGUCAAGUGUCCUGAAGGCAAACUUCGCCAAUUCUUGGUCAAAAUCACGAAAAUGAGCGACCGACAAUUAGGAGGCCAACUCAAAAUCGUCAACCAGAAGGAGAAUUUCCUCCUCGAAGGCACAAUUGAUGCCAACAUUGAAAACAUCGACGAUUUCCAUGUGAAAAUCACCGCCAAUGCUCCCACUCUCAAAGUUGAUAAAUACGUCAUUGAAGCACAGAACAAACCGGCAAAAACCGGACGAAGAAUCCAAGUGACGGCCAAAUCCGGAAAUAAGAACAUUUUAGCCGGAAGUACGAGUUACACAGCGAGGGAAGAACACGGAAAGGCCAUCAUUGAAGGCUCCGGAUCGUUCAAACUCCACGACGAGACGAAAUCAGCCAACUUUAAAUACAUUCGUCAAAAUUUGAAUCAAGCCAAGAAUGGGGAAACCGGUAUUGAAAUCUCAUUCGACGCCAGUCUUGGAAACAAAGCCAUCGAUGCUGAAUUAAAGGUCACUGAUAAACAAUUCAGGAUUUUGAACUCAUACUGUGAGGAGAAGAAACAAUGUGCGCAUGUGGAAGUUGAUGUCAAGACUAUCGUCAGUGAUGUUAAGGCUUUCAAUCAAGAAAUCGAAAUUGCAAUUGAUUUACGCAAAUUGGGGUUGUCGCACGAGUUUGGUCUAAAAGCUGUGACCACACGCAAGGAAUUUGUCUUGGACCAUACCGUCGAUAUGCAUUUCCAAAGUCAGGAGAAUAGUAAAUAUCAAUACAGUUUGUAUGUCCAUCCCAAGGAAGCAGGAGUUAGUUUAACAACCCCGAAACGUAUCAUCGCACUUGAAAGUAAAGUCAACGUCCCAUCGAACAUUUUGCAAGAUGGUGGAUCAGUUUCAGGCGAAGUCGUCUUCUACACAGAUAAAAAGAACCAACCGAAUAAAAAAUCUGGUCUUAUUUCCUAUCUCAAUGUCAACACCAAAGGUCAAACUUUAGAUGGUGAAAUUAAAUUUACAAAUCCAGCUUUGAAACGGCCACUCUUGAUUAGUGUCAAGUCAAAAUACGUACCUCUAUCUUACGAAGCUAUGCUCACUUUUGAUAUUUUCGCCCAACCCGACCAAAAAGUCGUGGUGGUACACAAGGAAAAAUGGUCAGACCCUAAAGACUAUAAAAAAAUUGAGGCCAAUACCAUAGUUGAGGUCAAGAGUGCAGGACUCCAUCUCGAUGUUCACUACGAGGAGUAUCUCGUAGCUUCGAUUGAAGACCACCACUACAAGGGAGGAGUCAAAUUGAGAUAUGCCGGUCCUGGAUCCAAACACGAAUCAGCCGCCUUUUACGAAGUCACCCCCAAGGACCUAAAUACCGGUGUCAAACUUUUCAACCAUGAUUUAAUCCGUCUCACUUCCAAAUACAAACUUUCUCAAAAUCAUCAAGUUUUCGAUAGUGAGUUAUGUUGUUACAGUUACAGACCACUCAUGAGUCAUCUUGAGGUGAAAAAUCUCAACACUUUGAAAUACUCAGUUUUUUGCAAAGACACACCAAAUGACAAACUUUUGAUAAAUUCGGGUUUCAAACCUGGCGAAAUUGCUGAUUUUAGAGCUGAAAUCAUCAAAGGUGGAAAAUCGCACGAAUUGGGCCACGCCACUGUCAAAUUAGACGAUGCCAAUUUCCUCAAGUCUGAUUACAAGGUCCAAGCGAAAAACAUCGAAGAGUUGCUUUUCAAACCGAUCAAGGAAGUAAUUCAACGCGAGGGUGACGAAUUGACCAAAUUGUCAUCGGAGUUGAGUCAACACGGUCAAAAAGAAUUACAAAGUUUCAGUGAAGUUGCCAAACGUGCCACUCCUGAUAUUGCCCCACUUCGUCAAUACUACACCAGCGAAAUCAACAAAAUCAAAGAGGAAAUCUUAGCUGAUAAAACCAUCAGAGAUUUGAGCGAAUUCCUCCACAACAUUCUUUCAGUUUUUACUCAAGCUUUCGGCGACUCUUUCAAACAUUUCAGCGAAUUCAUCGAAAACAUUUAUGUCAGCUUUGAGAAGACUUUCGGUAACAUCAUCCAAGUCAUCGAGAAAGAGAUUUUACCUAAACUCAAAGUCACUUGUGACAAAUUCCUGAAACUCUUUAUCCACGCUGUUGAUGUUGCCACUCAUGCUGUAUUGACAAUCGGUGUCCAAAUCGCCGAUAUUGCCGACAAAUACCAACCUGAAUUCCAACAAUUGGCCAAUGUUAUGGGACAAGUCAGUCAAGAUAUUUUACAAGCAACAAUCAAUUUGUACGGUGCUGUAAAGACUGUUAUUAUCGACCAAUGGCAACAAAUUUACAACGAAAUCCAAUCAAUUCCAGCUGUGGAACAAUUGAAAGCCGAAUAUGAGCAAUAUGUCAAGCACGGAUUACCACCACGUGAAAACAUCGCCAACACUAUUAAAGAUCUAUUAUCAACUGUUAAAGAUUUAGCACCAACUGAAGAACUCAAAGCUUUCAUCCAAGCCAUCAGUGAUUACGUUUGCUCUAAAAUCAACAACCAGCAAAUUGACGAUAAAGCCUCCAUUGAUAGAAUUAUCCAAUCGGGAGUUGCUAGUGGUAAAUCAAUUGUUGCUAUCUUAACCGGAAGUCAACCCAUCCCAGAGUUACAAAACUUCCAACUUCCACUUCCGGCGACUCUUCUCAACCGAAUUCCCAGACUCACGGCGUUCAGAUUUAGCCCAUUCUCAUUCAUCUUAGGCGAAGAAUUGUACGUUUCUGACUUCUUCCUGUCACUAGUGAAUAGACCAAGAAACUGGAUACCACCAUUCCCACUGUACGGUGUAGUAGCACAAGGCCAACACAUCUUUACUUUUGACGGUAAACAUUUGACAUUCCCUGGAAAAUGUAACUACCUCCUUGCACGUGAUGCCCUCGAUGGUAACUUCAGUGUGAUUGGUAGCUACAAAGAUGGGUUCCUUGAAGCCAUUUCUUUGACCCAAGGCCCAGAUACCAUCACUUUGAAAAAACACCGACAAGUCUUAUUCAAUAAUGCACCAACUGAACUUCCGAUCCGCAAACCCAACAUAGCCGCCUACACCAACGAAGAACGACUUGUUUUAGUGUCAGAUUAUGGUGUUCAAGUCAUUUGUGGCCCUGAACUUUUUGUUUGUUCGGUAACCGCUUCCGGUUUUUACCACGGUAAACUUAGGGGUCUUUUGGGUAACGGUAAUAACGAACCUUAUGACGAUUUCACCCUACCUGAUGGUAAAAUCGUCCAAUCUGAGAGCGAGUUUGGUAAUAGUUACAAGACAAGUUCUGGGUGUCCUGCCGUUCAGACGGUGUCCCAUGAAGGUCACCAUGCUAACCCAUCAUGUGACAAACUUUUCGGUUGGGAAUCAAGUCUUAGAUACUGUUAUCCGUUUGUCCCCGUCGAAAAUUUCAAAAUGGCGUGCGAACAUGGCCUUAGUUCCGGUGUGAAAGACACAGAAUUUGCCGCUGCAGUGGCGUACGUUGCUGCUUGUAACCAACAUGGAAUUCCAAUAAGAGUACCACAACAAUUUGUCAAGUGUUACAAUGGUGACAAGCCAACAAUGGUCGGUCAUGAAUUCACGGUGAAAACUCCAGGAAAAGAAGCCGAUAUAGUAGUUCUCAUUGAUACCAACAAAGAAAACGAAGCAACAUUCAAAGAAUAUGUCCAACCAUUAAUCCAACAACUGACCCAAGAACUAAGCUCGAAAGGUGUGUCCGAUGUUGAAUUCCAUAUUAUUGCUUUCGGAGGCGAGAAUCAUUGGCCGUCACAUAUCACCACUUCCGGUGGUAAACUAACAUUCAAAGGAAAGGCGCCAAAUUUGAAAUUCGGGGAAAACCCGAAAGACGAACUCUUGAAAACCGAGUGUCCCCACUUGGAUAAUUUACUGAGGUUCAUUAAAACAGUCUGUACUGAUCUUAAACUAGCCUUUGGACUCGACUUACAAGCCUUGACUUAUAACGAAGGCCUUGAAUAUCCCUUCAGAGCCAAUGCGAUCAAAUCGAUCAUUGCUGUGACAAGUAGACCGUGCCAGGUUGGCCACCUCUACCCCUUGCAGCUCCUUCGCACGUUGUUGUACAGAGGCAAGACCAUCAACCUCAACUUGAUCACACCCAUUGAUCGUUCAGGGGCCAAAUCUGAGGCUAAAAAUAUCGUUGGUUUUAACUCAAGAAAUGUUUAUGCUAUGGGUUCCACCAAAAACAAGAUCAAACAUUUUGGUGAUUUGGGCAAAGAAUUGACUUAUAACGACUAUUGUGUUGACUUUACCGUCCAAAAUGAUGGUAAUGUCUUUGUCAGCGACCACAUCCACUUGCAACCCAAAGCUUCAAGAAAACAAUUUGUCCAAUUGACUUCUCAUGGUAUUGUCGAACAAUUGGUAGGAGUUGAGAAGAGUUACGAUUGUGAAUGUAAAUUUGUCACGCCGUUCAGUGCCCAAAAUGUAUGCACACUAACUUCAAGCAAAGAAAAACCAGCCAAAAAAACUGGCACCAAGAGUUAGAUUAAGAUUUAUAAAAAUUUGUAUAAAUAUGUUGUAAUAAUUAUAACACAGAUAAAAUAAACGUUUAGAAUUA